AUGUACGCAAUACCAAAAGCACCCAUUCUAUUUGUUGGUAAACAUUAUGUCGUCGUAAACAAGCUUCCGGGAGUCUUUUCGCAGUGUCCAGAUUUGCGAUCCUGGCGUUCACAUCGGAUGAAUCAGCCUCCCAUUUUAUUGGAUAUCGUACGUUCAGAAAAUCCGGACUUGAGUACGGCUGAAUUGAGAACCGUGCACAGAUUAGACUCUCAGGUGACUGGGGGACUCUUGCUUGCAAAAACAAAAAGUGCCGCUCAAAACUUUUCGAAAAACCUCAGGGAGGGAGGGAAUACUGGGUUUGGCCUCGUGAGGAGAUACGUGGCUCUAGUCGAGGGUGACUUGACACCCUUGCCUAUGUGCGGGACUUUAAGAUUUGGUGGGAUGGUAACAAAGUACGCAAAGGUCUUGUCCAACUGUAUUGUACUUCAGUUGGAAACAGGCAAGAAGCAUCAGAUUCGUCGUCAAUUAGCUCUUGGCUUGGGACAUCCAAUUCUGAAUGAUUGCAAAUAUGGUGCGCGGAAAAUCCUAAGUGCGAAACGCCAAAUCGCACUUCACUCGGGUUUCUUGCAGACAAGGGUGGGGUCUCAUGUUAAAACUCAUCUAAUUCCUGUCCCUUCUUCACAUCGUCACCUCUGGAAUGAUCGCGUUGACAAAAAUGGUACGUUCAAUGCUAAGAUAUUGCACGUUUUGAGCUCAACAACUCUCUUUGAAUCGGCUUAG